AUGAAUCUGCUGUGGGCCGUGGGGAUUCUGCGACAGUUCUACACCCGCGGGGGCGGCAGCAGCAACCGCCGUGGCGUCCGACUCGCCGGUCGAGGCUUCGCCGACACGCCAAUCCGCACCUCCACCUCUGAACCCGAUCUCGAGACCGGCCCCAAAGUCCACAUCCAAGUCGCCGACGAAGACGCCCACCACGGUGCCCGCCAAGUCGCCGUCCCAGUCGUCCGCGUCACUAGCGAAGUCUCCCGCCAAAGCACCAGCCCAGUCGUCAGCAGAGACGACCCCAGCAAAGUCGCCCGCCAAGGCGCCCGCCAAGUCACCAGCAAAAGCGACCCCAAAGAAGCUCGCGCGGAAAGCAACAUCUCCAACGCGGGUCGUCCCUUCGCCAGCGACCCCUACACGUGUUCAGCCGCCUCGAAGCGCUCGUCAUCCGGCUGA